CCUCUUCACUUGGGUCCGGACCGGCUGCAGGGCAGGAUUUGCAUAUAAAUAUCUCAUACACGUGCGGACACUUCCAGUAGUAGGAGGGUAGUUGUAGCGUGUAAAACGAGUGUCCACCACCCGAAGGCGGACCCGUCUCAUCAGCUAACAGUGUGAUAAUUGUGAAACUUAAAGUGAUAACAAGUGGAAACUAGAACAAAAGCACAAUGAAAGUGAUAAUUGUGAUAAGUGCGCUGUUGGUGUGUGUUUAUGGUGCGCCGCAAGGGUUCGAUCCGGAACCGAUACCGAUCAUCCGGCAGGAGCAGGAGGUCAACCCGGAUGGGACGUACCGCUGGAACUAUGAAACCGGCAAUGGAAUCGUAGCGGAGGAGCAGGGCUUUCUGAAGAAUGCCGGUUCUGAGCAGGAAGCACAGGUUGCCCAGGGCGAGUACUCGUACACGGCGCCCGACGGCCAGCUGAUCCGGGUGCAGUACAUCGCCGACGAGAAUGGCUUCCAGCCCAUCGGCGACCAUCUUCCCACGCCGCCCCCGAUCCCACCGGCAAUCCAGCGCGCGCUCGAGUAUCUGGCCGCGCACCCACCCAGCGAUGACCCCUCGCGGAGGUUCUAGAAGGAAGAGUCGAAGCCAUUAGCCCACCGUCACGAAUUGUGUCCUUUAUUUUGUGCUGUUUUUAGAUGUUUUUUUCUAUAUUUUAUGUCUUGUUUUGUGCUAUUAAAGAUUUCAACCUUUUUCACUGCAAAUUAUAAGGUAUCAGUUUUGCAGAUCUUGUAGGCUCUGCAGGCGUUAGAGUAUUGUGAGUUAUGUUCCAAAAAGCUGCGAUAAUAAAAAAAGCGAGUUUAAAUUCUUGAA